UUAGUGACAGCCAGGCUUGCUGUGAAGAUGGCGUUCAAAGCGAUCAGGGGGAAGGUGAACGGAGUCCUGAACGAAAUUUCCUCCUCCGUGAGUGGAUCCAAAGCUGUGGCCCGGGAGCACGUACAAGCCGUUAGCCGGGACUACAUCUCCCAGCCUCGGCUCACAUAUAAGACUGUGUCUGGUGUCAAUGGGCCUCUUGUCAUCUUGGAUCAUGUGAAGUUUCCAAAGUAUGCAGAGAUUGUUCAUCUGACCCUUCCAGAUGGCAACAAAAGAAGUGGACAGGUUUUGGAAGUCAGUGGCUCAAAAGCUGUGGUACAGGUUUUUGAAGGGACCUCCGGUAUCGAUGCCAAAAAGACAAGUUGUGAAUUUACAGGCGAUAUCCUGCGAACGCCAGUAUCAGAAGACAUGCUUGGUCGCGUGUUCAAUGGUUCAGGAAAACCUAUUGACAGGGGCCCAACGGUUCUGGCUGAAGAUUAUUUGGACAUUAUGGGCCAGCCUAUUAACCCCCAGUGCCGUAUCUACCCAGAAGAGAUGAUCCAGACAGGUAUUUCUGCAAUCGAUGGGAUGAACAGUAUUGCCAGAGGACAGAAGAUUCCUAUCUUUUCUGCAGCCGGUUUGCCACACAAUGAGAUUGCUGCACAGAUCUGUCGCCAAGCUGGUCUGGUUAAAAAGUCCAAAGAUGUGAUGGAUUACAGUGAAGACAACUUUGCCAUUGUGUUUGCUGCUAUGGGUGUAAAUAUGGAAACUGCAAGAUUCUUCAAGUCCGACUUUGAAGAAAAUGGUUCAAUGGACAAUGUGUGUCUUUUCCUGAACUUGGCUAAUGAUCCAACAAUUGAGCGCAUCAUCACGCCUCGCCUGGCUCUCACCACAGCAGAGUAUCUGGCGUAUCAGUGUGAGAAGCACGUUCUGGUUAUCCUGACUGACAUGAGCUCGUACGCAGAAGCUUUGAGAGAGGUUUCUGCUGCCAGAGAAGAGGUGCCAGGACGCCGGGGCUUCCCUGGUUACAUGUACACUGACUUGGCCACCAUUUAUGAGAGAGCUGGCCGAGUUGAGGGCAGGAAUGGGUCUAUUACACAGAUUCCUAUUCUAACCAUGCCCAAUGAUGAUAUUACUCACCCCAUCCCUGAUCUGACUGGGUACAUCACUGAAGGUCAGAUUUAUGUAGACAGGCAACUGCACAACAGACAGAUCUACCCCCCGAUCAACGUCUUGCCCUCUCUGUCUCGCUUGAUGAAGUCUGCCAUUGGGGAGGGAAUGACCAGGAAAGAUCAUGCCGAUGUGUCCAAUCAGCUGUAUGCUUGCUAUGCAAUUGGUAAAGACGUCCAGGCAAUGAAAGCAGUGGUGGGUGAGGAGGCUCUGACUCCAGAGGACUUGCUUUAUCUGGAGUUCCUGCAUAAGUUUGAAAAGAACUUCAUUGCUCAAGGUCCCUAUGAGAACCGCACAGUAUAUGAAACCCUGGACAUCGGUUGGCAGCUUAUGCGUAUCUUCCCCAAGGAGAUGCUGAAACGAAUCCCACAAAGCACCCUGGCCGAAUUCUACCCCCGAGACUCCAAGCAUUAGCUUGAGCCUCGAGCUCUCUGUUCCUCCAUGCUAUCUUAUCAAAAGAGCUUUCUUUUUCACCCUUGUUGUUAAAUCUUGUCAAUUCCUUGUGAAGCAAAAUGAAUAUAUUGUGAAUAGUGUUUUCAGCUGAAGUUUACCUAACAGAGUUUAAAAUAUCUGUAAAUGCUGUGUGGAGACUGUUAAAACAUGGAUCGGUUUACCAAAGUGACCUCGGUAUCCAAAUACUCACGUGUAAAAAUAGAGAGACAAGGAAAAUCAAUGGAUUUUUUAAACUGCUAACUCAGAAUUAACACAAACACCUCUGAAUGGAUCAGUAACCCUAUUAAUGUCAUGCUCUAUGAUUUGUUUUUUUAACCACUGGAAUUCAUUUUACUCAAAAACUGAGCAGUUCAGCCCACUAGUAUGGAUGUGUUCAAUCUAGGGUGACUCUUACCACCCUAUUUGUCUAACAUAUUUAAACUGGGUAUUUCAGUUUUUUAAAAUCUGAAGUUAUAAAGGAUUUUGUUGCCUGUUCGUUUUUAUGCAUUUAAAAAAAAAAAAGUAGAUGCCUGUGUGAUUUCCAGCUUAUUGUAAAAUUCACUGCAUGAAUAUAAACUGCAGAAACUUUGGCCAUGUAGCGUUACAAAAAAUCUACAGUAAAAUCUAGGAUGUAGCAACUAAAGCUAAUUUCCUUAUGGUUAAAAAUGACAGGCUGGCACUUAAUCCCUACAUGACUACACACCCUGUGGCUAAACUAAUGUAGAGUGCUACAUCUACGGGACAUACAGUGAUGCAAUAGAACAAAUUACCAUAGGGGGGCACUGCUGAGGCAUCUUGGUGUAUAUUACAAGCUUAAUUAACUGUGAGCUGCUGUAAACUGAGUCCUCAGCUCAUUCAUUCAGUAUUGUGUUGCUGGGGUGCUAACACUUAGAGGGCCUGGCUUUCCAUUGUGGGGAAAUUGCCCAUGCAAUAUACUUACUAUGGAGGGAACGAUUUACCUGCGAUUUGCCCACAAGUGUACAAUAUAGUUCAUUCCUAAUUAACCACGUGAUGGUACCUAUAGUCAGUCCUUGUUGCAGCUAACAUAUCCACAGUAAGCGACUCGAUUCCAGUCUGUCGUGUGAAAAUGUAAAAUGUAAAUGCUUUCUAUGCAAGAAAUAACGUUCAUAGAGUGAUCUGGAUUGAGGCAUUAUUUAUAGACAGGCAUAUUGAAUGUUUAAUUUAGAUUAACAAUUUUAUUUUAUCCACACUAAAAUGUGACAUGCUCAGUUCAUAGCAGUUCACCUGCAAAUGCAUAAAAUAAAGUGUACAUUGUCGGAAAAAUGUUCCCCAUGUGCUAGAAAUGCAGCACCCGUGUCGCAAAGGGACAAGAAAAAAGGUUUAAUUUUUAAAGUGUAUAUUCUUUUAUAGUUUAAAUAUAUAUAUGCAGAUACAGCCGUAGGUAACCAUUAAAGUUGGUAUUCAUUUGAAGGAAGUGAUAUUUUAAACUCUGUUAAUGUAACAAAAGUAAAUGAAAUAAUAUUUUUUAUUGUGUUUGUUUACAGUUCGCUGCGCUUCCUGAAUUUUACACCCAGAUAACAAUAUUCCUGUAUCACAUGUCAAUGCAGAUUUGGCUUUUUUAUUUCUUAUAAAUGUGCUGUGUAUUUAUUGCAACGUUGCUGUAUGUCGGUCUAUGGAUGUUGUGUACUUUUUGUAGGUGCUGUAGCUUCUGUUCCAUUCGCUAACCAAGCAUUUCCAUUUCAUGCCAGAAAAAAAUUAUAUAUAUAUAUAUA